AUGCAAUCCGCAUACGGCAAUCGUCCUACUUCAAGCCAGUGGACUAAGGCGAGCUGGUGUCCCCGUGGCCGUAAGUGGGGGGUGAAGAUGGUGUGCGGACCCGGUACGGGACAACAGAUCAGACUUGGUGCAUACAACGUGGAGGACGAUGCGGCAUAUGCCUAUGCCGCGGCUGCGUACGUGAUCCGGCGCAAGGAUCACAUCCCGCACAUGAAGGUGCUGACUGAUACAGAGAUGGCAGCGCUGGAUGGCAAUGGUGAUGACGAAGGGGAGUACCCACUGACACUGAAGGAGGAUGCCGUUGACGAGGAGACGCAGGAGCCAGAGCUGGGGUAG